AUGUCUGAAGAAGCUCCAGCUCCAGCUCCAGCUCCGGCCGCCGCUCCGGCCAAAGCGGCCAAGAAGAAGAAGACAACGCCCUCCAAGCCCAAGAAGGCCGGCCCCAGCGUCGGCGAGCUCAUCGUUAAAACCGUGGCUGCUUCCAAGGAGCGCAGCGGCGUGUCCGCAGCCGCUCUCAAGAAGGCUCUGGCCGCCGGAGGUUACGAUGUGGACAAGAACAAGGCGCGCGUCAAGACCGCCAUCAAGAGCCUGGUGGCUAAGGGGACUCUGGUCCAGACCAAGGGCACCGGGGCCUCCGGGUCCUUCAAGAUGAGCAAGAAGGCGGCUGAGGGUAAAGAGAAGAAGCCCGCCAAGAAAGCCGCUGCUAAAGCCAAGAAGCCCGCCGCGGCCAAGAAACCAGCAGCGGCCAAGAAGCCCAAGAAGACGGCGGCAGCCAAGAAGCCCGCCGCAGCCGCUAAGAAGUCCCCCAAGAAGGCCAAGAAGCCCGCAGCAGCCGCCAAGAAAGCGGCCGCCAAGAGCCCCAAGAAAGCGGCCGCCAAGAGCCCCAAAAAGGCGCCCAAGAAGGCCCCCGCAGCAGCCAGGAAAGCCCCCGCUAAGAAAGCAGCCAAGCCCAAAGUCAAGAAGGCCGCGCCAGCCAAGAAGAAAUGUUUGAAGGACCCAUUACAUUACUGAAUCUUCCACAAGCCGGCAUCCCCACACCUUCAUAGAGUGGCUCCACAGUACCUCUCCACAGCAGGAUCCUCGGCCCCUGUGAGGGGAUUUUUUUC